CCAAUGAAUGAUCUUUUGAUUGCAGAAAAGCCAUACAAGAAAACAACUUUAUAUUUACUUACUUACUGUCGUCACGAUCGUUAAAAUUGCCUCGUUUAACGUCUCUUUCCCUAUUUAUUUUUCAGCAUCAAAGUGAAUCAUCAGUUACUUAUUGUACUUGAUAUUCUAUCGCAAAAGAGAGUAAUUUUCGGAUAAUUUUUAUGUCGCGAAAAUUACGCGAUGAUUGCAUCUCAUUGUGCGAGAGGAAAGUUCCAUCGUACAAUUAGCCUGGCUCGGAACUAAUAAUGACUUGUUUGUGGUUUCUUUAAUUUACACGUUAGCCGGCGAAUGAUUAAACAUACAGAUUGCGCGAGCGGUAAUUAAAUUAUCUGGCGGAAACUGACGGAAACUGGAGAAAAUUAGAGUCACUUAUCGAAUUCGACGGAUUUGCAUUCCACGCCACUACUGCGUCACUUCACUCACCCAUCCAACGAUCCAUGGCAUAAUCACGGAAAGUAGGAGAGAGCAGUGGCCGCGGAAGGGGGGGGGCAUUACCAUUGUGGGAUUGGAGAAGGAGAAACUUCUUAACACGAUUUCCCUGAAUUUCUGGGGGGAUAGUGCCCCCCUGUCCCCUCUCUUCCGCGGCCACUGUACAGACAGAGAAGUAAAUCAACAUCCCAAAUCAACUUUACGCUUUUUACCUACUCCUCCAAAUGCAAUAAAGGUUUAAACUUGGGCAAAACAACGGCGUCGUAAUCGACCGUGAAUUGCUCAGCCUUAAGGUGCCUUUGUACUUGGCAACUUGCGCCAUAGUUAAAUUCUAAGAUUGGCGAAAGUUAGUGAGGGGAAUGCAGUAUUUAGAUUGAGUUAAAGUUAACGUUUUGAAUACUGCUUUCGAAUACAAAUGUGUGACCUUUUGGCGACCAUGAUGAUGACAAAGUUUUACCUAUUUCUACCCGGCUCGAGGGACUCCUCUUAUGCCACGAAAUGUAUGGAAUGGUCAGUUCUGAUCACACUCCGAGACCCAGAAAGGAGCCGCAGCAGCAGCAGCAACAACAACAACACGGCGGCGAGGGUCGGAGUAGAAGCCACAAGUCGAUAUAUGGACGCGUCGUAGGUUUUAUGAGACAAGCCUGGACUGGGGUAAAGUUUGCAUUGGAUCCUGACCUGGAUGACGUCGAAAGUCCGCCGCGCUACAGGCCGGAAAGUGUCAAAGCGCUUUGCAAACUUACACGCUUCUCGGAGAAUGAGAUUAAGCGGAUAUAUCGCGGAUUUAAGGCGGAAUGUCCUUCCGGUGUGGUGCAAGAGGAUACUUUUCGUGAUAUUUAUGCCCAGUUUUUCCCACAAGGAGCAAACACAAGUCAUUACGCGCAUUACGUUUUCAAUACUUUGGACCAAGGAAGAAGUGGGCUUUUAAACUUUGAGGACUUUGUGAUGGGUCUCUCUGUCCUUUCGCGAGGCACGGUGGACGAAAAGCUGCGCUGGACCUUUAACCUCUAUGACAUCAACAGGGACGGCUUCAUCACGAAGGAAGAGAUGAGGGACGUCGUCACCGCGGUGUAUGAACUCAUGGGUUCCUGUGCCGAACCCAAUUUCGAAGAAAGUGUCGUCAACGAUCGAGUCGAGCGAAUUUUCAUGAAAAUGGACCAAAACCGAGACGGAGUUGUGAGCAUGGAAGAAUUUUUAGUAAGUUGUACCAAAGAUGAAACAAUUACUCGCUCCAUUUGCGUGUUCGACUCCGUGAUUUGAAAGAAACUACGCUACUUACUACGGGCCCAUACUGUUCUGCAUGUGCACUCCGGUUCAGGGUGCACCCUUUGUUCCAGAAAUAUUUUUAAAACGCCAGACUACUCAAAAUUGGAUAAGGGAGCGAAAGAGAGAUCUAUACAUACAUACACAAAUUUGAUUUAUUUAUACAUGGAAUAUCUCGUCCAAAACAACAAUUCUUAUUUAUGAUGAUGAUGAUGAGCGAAAUAAACACAAUGUGAUACAUUGUCUGAAUAUUCA